AUGGCGAUGGUGCCAAGGUGUACUGCAGCAUUAUCCCUUCCUUCUUCCUUGUUUAUUAUCUACGAGGUAUUCAACGACCAUCGCCGAGGCAAGGGCACUCCCAUCCAGAGAGCCUUGGUUGGAAUGAGCAUCUUUGACUGUUUGUCUUCCUUUGGAUAUUUGAUGUCGUCUUGGUUCGUACCAAAAGGCUUCAUUUGGGGCAGCGCGGGAAACAUGACAACCUGCAAUCUACAAGGCUUCUUGGUUCUUUCAGCUUGUGGACCUCCCAUGUUCAAUUCCUGCAUUGCAGUGUACUGUACGCUCAUUAUCGUCUACCGGUGGACCGAUGCCAAGAUUGCCCGAUUUGAAAAGUACAUAUACCCUUUGAUUUUUGUCUGGGCCUUUGGAAUCAAUUUUGUAAUGAUGUUCUUUCAUAUCUACCAACCUGUUGGAUCCAUUUGUUGGCCAGCGGAAGUUUGGGGUUGCUAUGGAGGCAUUGACGUGGAAACAGGAGAGCCGUGUUCCGACCCACACAAUAAACCAAAAGCUUGGGUCUACGCUGUGGUUGUCUUUUACGUACCAAUCUACUUGUCCUUCCUUAUCAUCUUGUUUUGCUUGAUAAUGAUCUUUGUCGAAGUACGAAGGACCCAUUUGCGCCUAUUGAGAUACGCCUUUGGACAAGCGAGCAGCAACACAAACAUUUCAAGCAGUGUCCGAAGCAGUGUCCGAGCGAGCGUUUCCAAUCUACGAGGAAGCGUCGGAGGCAAUCGUAGCAGUGCCACCAACCAUGUUCAGGGACGAAGCCGCAAUGACCUGGCUCGCAUUGCAAACAAGGCGAUUCUCUAUUCGGUUAUCUUCGUGAUCACCUUCUUGCCUUCCACGGUUUGGUCUGUCUACGGUUACACGGGAGUGAGCCCAUUUGGUGUGGUCGUGGCUGCCCUGUUUUGUGAACCAUUGCAAGGCUUCUUCAACCUAUUGACGUUUGCACGAGAUCGACCCGCCACCCGGCAAAAGCUCAUUUCGUUCCUGACUUGCGGGCUUGGAUGUAGCUGCCUCGGCAACGGCCGUGCCGAUCGCAGCACCACUUCGCACCGUGAUGGUCAGAACGUUGACGAUUCUGGACAAGAAGCGAAACGAGAUACGGGAACAUCAAGUAUGGAAGCUUCCAACCAGGAUAUGCUCUUUGAUGAAGUAGUUCGAAACAAUACUGAGAGCAACGCCCGACAGAGCGAGAAUGUCGUAGACGAAGAAGCCAACCAAACGGAGAAUGACGAGGAUGCCAACAAACCGGAAGAAUCAUACCAAGCGCAGGGCGAAGAAGAUCACAACCCAGGCAUAGUUAGCGCCGCAGUGGACGAUGAUACUGGGCGUCGAACAUCGAGUGAUCUAGAGUUCGCAGAAGGAUAA